AUGGCUGAACACCAGGACCACGUACCUCUUCCUAGCAGCGACGUUCGUGCCACAGGAAUUGAUGUGGUCGUUGUCGGCGCUGGCUUUGGAGGUAUUGCUUGUGCGAUCGAAUGCAAACGGAAGGGUCAUCGCGUGAUGAUCCUGGAGAAAGUGCGUGAAUUGAAGCAACUAGGUCACCUCGGCCCAAAUGCUGGUCGCAUCCUGGCCAGAUGGGGCCUUCAUGAAAGAUUGUGGGAGGUCUCCCGUUCCGCAAAUGCGAUGCACAUCUAUGAUUACCUCGGAGGCCUCAUUCAAGUGCAAAAGAUGACCUGGCCGCUCUUCGGAGCGUUCGCUUACAAUGGUCAUCGAGGGCUUCUUCACGAAAUCCUGUUUGAGCAUGCAAAGUCCUUGGGAAUCGAGAUUCGCAUGGGACAUCAGGUCGUAGAAUAUUGGGAAGACGAAGCGAAUGGAAAGGCCGGCGUCAAAACCCAAACAGGUGAAACGUUUGAUGCCGAUGUUAUCGUUGCUGCAGAUGGAGUGAAGAGUUUGGCGAGAAAAUAUGUUAUUGGGUACAGCGACAACCCCAAACCUUCUGGAUACGCUAUUUACCGAGCGUGGUUCGAUGCUGAAGAGCACGGUAUUGUGGCAGACCCAUUGACAAACUUCCUGACUCACGGGGAUCAGUUUUACACGUGGGUUGGUAAAGACAUGCAUGUUAUAGCGGCUUCCUCGCGCGGAGGUAAAUCGAUUUGUUUUUUCGUCACUCACAAAGACAACGCAGCUGUUGAUGGCGACUGGUCGUCCCCGGGUAAGAUAGAAGACGUACUGGACCUUGUGAAAGACUGGGACCCGCGGUGCGCUGCGAUCAUCUGCAAAGCUCCUUCGUGCAUCGACUGGAAGCUUCUGGUACACGACCCUCUUCCUACUUGGCUCAGCCAAUCUGGUCGCGUGGUAUUGAUUGGCGAUGCGGCUCACCCAUUUUUGCCAUCAAGCGCGCAGGGUGCAUCUCAAGCCAUUGAGGAUGGGGUAACACUAGCGGUUACGCUGAACCUUGCUGGCAAAGACAAUGUUCGAUUGGGAACUCGGACAUGGGAAUCUAUUCGGUACCAACGGGUGUAUGAUGCACAGGUGUUGGGUGAGAGUACGCGUGAAAAAUGGCACGGGGCGAAAGUGGGUGACUCUGGGGAAAGUUUCGAGUUUCCCAUGCCAGAGUGGUUGAUGGCAUUCGACGCUGAAGCACACGCGUAUGCGGUUUACGAGAGAAUAGCUCAGUCUAUAGUUAAAGACGGCUAUUGUGAGCCGUGUGUAGAGGAGAGUGAAGCUGCAUAG